AUGUCAAAGGAUGCAGAGACCAACCUGAACACCCAGCCCAAACAGCCAGCAUCUCAUCUCUACAAAUUUGAGCUACUCGCGCAGCCGAGGAAGCUUGCUUCUCGAGCCCAGCCGGCGGCGGAGCGCGCGGCAGAGCGGGUCUCCAGCAGCGGCGAGGUGGGGGCGUGCCCUCGCGGUCCCCUCCCGGCCGCCACCCGCGCACGCACCCGCGCCCCUGGGGCGCAUCCCUGCUCGCCUCGCAGCCCCCCCACCCCACCCUACCGCCGUCCACCAGCCCUGCCGCGGGGACUCCCGCCCCGCCGGCCACGCGCGCUGUCACCCGCGCGCACCGGGGCCCCGGGGCAGCCCCGCGCGUCCCCGCGCAGCGGCCCGGACCCCCGCCGUCCCGCCGGGCUCGCAGCCCCGCACCUCCGCGUCGCCACCUCCGGGCGCUCGGGUCCGGCGGCCGCCGCAGCCACUCCCAGCGCCCCCGGCCGCACCCCCACUCACCGGCUCCUGGAGCGCCCGACCCCGGAGCCCGGCCCCUGGGCAGCGCCCGCCGCGCCCGCUGCGAGCCUGGGCGCCGCCGACCCGGGCUGCUGCCCGCCGCGCGCCGCCCGUCGCCCGCCAGGCUCCUGGGCGCAGCCCGCCGUGCGCUGGCCGCUGGCCCUGGACCAGCGCGGCCGCGGCGCCCCCUCGCGGCCGCACGGGGACGCGAAGGACGGGCAGGGCGCGGGGAGGGGCUGCGGGAGCCCCUGUCGCGCGGUCCCCUUCCCACUCCCUCCAGAGACCUCCCAUACCCGAGGCGUCCCUGCUCAUCAGGACUCUCCUCCGUGGCUCGCCUCCCACCCCUGUGAGUGGGGCCCCCUACAAACAUCAGAUGCCAACCCCCCUGCCCGCCCCCAGCAUGGCUGCGGCUGGACUUUGCACCUGAACUGCCCUCCUCGACUCCCUCACCUGGAAAACCCCUGGCAUCCUAAAAUCUCUUUUCCUCAAGGCUAG